UGAACGGUAACAUUCGAGUGGAGCCACAGCAAUAGAAAAUAUUUUAAAAUAAAUGUUCAAACUGAUCACCUUCAAUACAGGCGUCUAGUCUGUGUUCUCGCGCAACGACACUGAAGUGUGCCGGAGCACCGUCAUGCAUAUACCACAUGCGACGUCGUUCUCUAAGAGGAAUUUCCUCCAUUUAUCCAGGUAGGUGAAAUUCCAAAAAUCUUCGGUACUCUUCGCCGCUAAGUCUGGGGGAAAGGAAAUGAGGGUCAAUCAAGUGGUCACUAACGAUUCCAAUCCUAAUAUUGAAGGAAAAGUCAUGUUGCGUAUUAUGUUCAAUUAUGUCUUCUUCGACUUGGAUGGUUCUUACUACUUGCGGGUUGUCUUGCAACAGGUGUGGAUCUCUUGAAACUGCCUGUGUCACAUAAUCGAGCGUGA